CAUUAAAGGAUGCAUACUUGUAUAUCUUAUGGUACUAAUAUGCACUCUUUUAGAGGUAGAUAGGGGUGCACCUUUGAGGUUUCUUAUCGGGAAAAAAAGUGAUAUUGCCCAUCCCUACUCCGAAGUACACUUUUUGUGUGUAGUGUAGGGGAGGUGAUCUGUCUGCAGACACUUUUACUGCUGAAAGAGCUGGACUGCUUAUGUUACAACUACACAGUUGAAGGAGAAUCUACCAGGUGUAAUAAUGCAGAACUACACAAAGGCAGUGAAGGAGUUUGUAGAAGAACACCCUACAGAGAUCACAGCUGUCCUGGUGACAGGUGUCGGGCUCUUUGUCCUGCGGAGAUGGCGGGCUGGGGGAGUCUGCCGCAGCAAAGCCCGUUUGGACGGCAAAACUGUUCUGAUAACGGGAGCCAACACUGGUAUCGGCAAAGAGACCGCGGUGGACAUGGCCAAGAGAGGUGCAAGGGUGAUCCUGGCUUGCCGAGACAUGGGCAGAGCCACCAGAGCAGAAGAUGAGGUCAGAAAGAGGAGUGGAAAUGACAACGUGGUUGUGAAGAUGCUGGAUCUGGCCUCCUUGCAGUCAGUCCGAGCUCUGGCCAAAGAUGUACAGCAGAAUGAAGAGAGACUGGACAUUCUCAUUAAUAAUGCUGGGAUAAUGAUGUGCCCACAGUGGAAGACAGAUGAUGGCUUUGAGAUGCAGUUUGGUGUGAACCAUCUGGGUCAUUACCUGCUUACCAACUUACUUCUGGACUUGUUGAAGAAAUCAACAGCCAGCCGUGUUGUCAAUGUUUCCAGCCUGGCCCACGAGACAGGCAAGAUUCAUUUUGAUGAUGUAAACCUGGAGAAAAACUAUGAUCCAUUAGUAAGCUAUCGACAGAGCAAGCUGGCCAAUGUUCUGUUUACCCGGGAACUAGCUGUCAAACUGAAAGGCACAGGAGUGACAACUUAUGCUCUUCAUCCUGGGUUGAUCCAAACUGAGCUGGGCCGACACUUUUUCCCCUCUCUGUCUUUAUGGAAGAGGCUUUUGUUCAUGCCCCUUUUUUUCUUUGUCAAAACACCUUGGCAGGGUGCGCAGACCACCAUCUACUGUGCAGUCGAUGAGAGUCUGCAGAACACCAGUGGCCUUUACUACAGUGAUUGUGCUCCCAAAGAGGCAGCUCCUCAGGGUAGGGAUGAUGCUGCAGCUCGCAGACUGUGGGAUCUCAGUGCUUCCAUGGUGGGCCUGGCUUGAGACAAUACCUUACCCAGUGAAUAUCACUCUCUUCAUUUAAAAAGCAGUUUGUCACAUUUUCCUGUGUAGAUUGUACAUUCCUAAUUUGCAGACUAUUACAUCUGCCUACUUUAUAUGAAGUACAGAGAUUCAGUUUGAGGAAGAAUGUGGGAAAGUAUGCAGGAUGAGGCUGGCUUUGUAAUGAAGUGCCUAUGCAAUGAGAUGAACUGCAAUAUGUGUGAAUUUAAGCAUUAAAUAAUUAGUGAGUUUUUAUAUACUGUAAUGCUAUUAGCCAGUCUGCAGAGCUAAAUUAGACGUUUGAUUUACCUUAUAAUAAAAUUCAGUGUGUAACAUGAAUACAGGUUAACAUUUUUACAAAGCCUAUUUUUGAAUAAUGAAAUCAAGACAUUAAAUGUAUCGUUACCCUCUGGAAAAUGAAUGUGUUUAUGGUAAAGGAAAAGAGCAUUUUAUAAAAGCUGUAGCACAACAUGACCAAUAUUUUGGAAUAGAAUUGAGUUUUUUCAA